ACUACAGUUAUUCCCGUACACAAAGUACAAAUCCCAGAAUCUAUAAAUACUACAGAUACAAGACAUGGUUUGGUAAACGUAAACCUCUGUUUUCAUAUAUAAAGGUAUUCGUGAGUAAUAGGAAGCACCGAAAGAAGAGCAGAGUGCAUGAUAUUUAUUUGUCAUACUCAUAAACCCUAAAGGCUUUUUAGAUUUCUGUUGUUCAGAAUAUGUGUCUGCUAACCCAGUCUGAUUUGAAGCGUAUUUUUGAGAAAGUCGACGUCAAUGGCGAUGGCUUGCUGAGCCUUGAGGAGCUGAAUCGGAUGCUUGAAAUCACUGGUACUUGUCAGUACAGCAUACAAGAGUUGGAAUCGCUGGUGGAAACGAAGAGCCUUGGUUUCAGCGAGUUCUUGUUCUUUUACAACUCCAUUUCGGAGCAGCAGAAUGGAGAAAGCAGAGGAAGUGGUGAGGCAGAGGAAUUGGAGAGCGACCUGGUCAAAACCUUCAAGGUCUUUGACUUGGAUGGCGAUGGCUUCAUCACCAGCCACGAGCUUGAGUCUGUCUUGAAAAGGCUUGGCAUGUGGGAUGACACCAACUGCAAUGAUUCUACAACCAUGAUUCGAUUCUAUGACACCAACUUCGAUGGUCGUCUUGAUUUUCAGGAAUUCAAGAAUAUGAUGUUGGUUUCCAGAGCCUGAUCCUCCUCCUCUGUUUCUGUAAAUAUGUGUUUUAUCAUCAUCAACGGUAUUCAUAAGUCUUCUCUCUGUGCAACUCUGUUGCUGUUUAUAUUACUUUCUCCUUUUUCUUUUCUUUUUUAUGUAGGAAAGAAAGAAAAUGAAAG